ACUAACCUAAUAAUUUUGCUGUCAUGUAGAGUACAAAAAGUGGUCUUAAAUUAUCAGUGAAUUGGCAAAUAUGUUCAAGAAUACAUUCCAAAGCGGAUUUUUAUCAAUUUUGUACAGUAUCGGAAGCAAGCCGCUUCAAAUAUGGGAUAAGAAGUGCAAAAAUGGCCAUAUCAAAAGAAUCACAGACGAAGACAUCCAGUCUUUGGUCUUGGAACUAAUCGGAUGUAACGUGAGCACAACCUACAUAACAUGCCCUGCAGAUCCCAAGAAGACCCUAGGAAUCAAGUUGCCUUAUCUUGUGAUGAUAGUUAAAAAUCUGAAGAAGUAUUUCACAUUUGAAGUCCAGAUAUUAGACGAUAAAAAUGUGCGCAGAAGAUUCAGAGCAAGUAACUACCAAUCUACUACCAGAGUCAAACCAUUUAUAUGCACCAUGCCAAUGAGGCUGGAUGAAGGCUGGAAUCAAAUCCAAUUCAAUGUGGCUGAUUUCACAAGAAGAGCAUAUGGUACCAACUAUGUAGAGACACUUAGAGUACAAGUCCAUGCUAACUGUAGAAUAAGAAGAGUUUAUUUCUCUGAUAGAUUAUAUUCUGAAGAUGAAUUGCCUGCUGAGUUCAAAUUGUUUCUGCCCAUACAGACUAAGACAAGGACUGUUGUGGCCACACAGUAGAAGGUUCAAGUUUCUGAGCUGAACCAGAAAUUUUCAAUCCAUUGCACUUUGGUGAUUCCAGUUUUUUGUGCAAAUGCUGAGCUUAUUAUGGGACUCCCACACCUGCUGUACACUUUCUUUUUAAUUUAUAAAUACAAGUGAUGAACUAUAAGGAUUUGUGUGAAUUAAAAGUUUCUGUGUGUUUCCAGAAUUAUUCACAAUGGCAAGGAUUAAAUAUCCAAUGUAGGAUUCUAUCUGUUUACUUUUGAUGGUAGAAUAUAUCAUAGAAUAUGAAAAUCA